CCCAGAGCGGAGAGUGAGGCCAAAGGUCAGGCUUCUUCGCUCUCAAGCAACACAACUGAAAACUCCCUCGUGGUAAGUUGCUCGGCUGUAAAAACAAAUGUCUCAUGUGACAUGCCAAAUGCCACUUUCGAUAGGAAUUCUCUACAAAAAUCCAGUGGGAAUUCUACAUUAGGAGAAGCUGCGGCUGGAACUUUCUGCCUCCAGAACAACACUUUCGAUACCAAACCUCCCCCUCAGCAGAACUACACGAUUACUCUGUCAGAAACGAGCGACUCCCUCCACAACAGUAUGGACAAGCCGUCUUCUUCGAAGGUCUGCGAUGCAACAAGUAGCCCUAAAAACCCGACUCCUGAACCCCAGCCCCCUGAAACAUCUGAACAGACUGGCUCUAAAGCUGGUACGGAUCCCAAUGCCAAGGUGGCCGGUGUGCCUGAGAGCACGUUUGAGGUGGAUCCAGUUGUAGAGAAAGCUUCUAGUGAAUCGAAACUCGGGAUUAAGGAUAUUUCACAAUCAGGGCAGCCUAUGACAGACAGUCCUUCUGACACUUCAGCCUAUCAAAGCAGAGAUUUGGACGGCAGCAAAGGGGAACACAUUCAAUUUGGACGACACCUUAGAUUUAGCAGCAGCCGCUUUGAUAACUUCAACACCAAUGCCAAACUGUAAAGUGUUCAACUUCAACAAUGAACGAGAGACGGGCAAAAUCCUUGGGGCGACGAAGAAGCUGUACGGGGACGUUCCCAGUAAGCCAGACUGUCAGGUGACAUCAGACAUUCCUUCCAACAUUGUCUGCGACAGAAAAACAUUCCUCACCAAGCCCGCUGCCAGAUCUCUCCUGCCUCCAUCCAAAUCUACAUCCCACCUGUUGAAGUACAAACCAGCCUCCACACUUCCAGAAAGGUUUGAGCCGCUGAUGUCCGGCAUGCAGAUGAAGAGACAGAAGAUGCAGACUGAAGCUUUGAGGAGUUCUGCAGCUUCUGAUGCACCCCAAGUGACUACAGGGAUAUCAAGCGCCUACAACUUGAGGGCCACAACAACAGGAUCCAAAAAGCCCAAUUAUGGCUUGCGGAAACCGCAGGCGGUAGGCAUGCCAUCAGGCGUCCAGAGAGCUGCCGCUGGUCUCAGGCCGCCAUCAACACGAAGCAAAGCACCAGCAUCGCCAACUUCUUCAGGCACAGAAAAACUGCGGGCGCCUGCAGGUACUCCUUCUGUGGUAACACUGCUCAUCGUGCUUUGCUUGUUCAUUCUGACAUUCAGUGACAAAUAGAGCAGUCAUGAAGUGAUUCUCAAAGCACAGAGGUUUCAGUUUGGUCUGGCUGAUUAUAACUGAGUGAACAAACACAACGUAUCAGAGCGAAUCGAGCCUCAGGGAGAAUGCAGUUUCAUUAUUUUGAAAUGUUAAGAAAUGUAACGGUGUUGCUACAUGGCUACAUGUAAACCUGUCCAA